AUGCGACUUCUCCCACGAGGGCUGGGGAAUUCCCAGCCACGACUGAUCCUCCUUUUUCUGCUGGUGAUUGUCAUCGCUGCUCGUGUGUCUGCCCAGAAGGCGGGGGAUAAAACGACGGAGACAAAUGCCGAUGUGGCCCAGACCACCGACGAUCGCUCGACCAGUGACAGCACAAGCACAAGCACCCCUAGCUCGGAAAAAACUACCACCACCAUGGAUACAACGACGACCUCGUCGACCUCCUCCACGGAAACCUCAACCUCAACCACCGACAGCACUAGCACAACAUCAUCCGUUUCCACAACAACGACAUCAACAUCCUCAUCAACCACCACAACCGGCGCCCCAAUAGUUACCGUACCCCCAACCGCAAAUGCCCCAUACAUGCAAACAACAAACACACCAGAGGGAACAGUCUUCAUCGCCGUCGGCGCCGCCCUCGGCCUAAUCGGCCUAGCCGUACUCGCCUGGCGAGGCAUGGUCGCAUGGUCCGUAAACCGCUCCGUCCGCCGCGCAGCAAUGGCCCAAUCCGAAUCCAAGCGCCUCCUCCGCGGCAGUCGCAAAAAGCGAUCAACCGUCUACACCCCGGCCCCGGCGACCGACGUUUCCCUGGAAAAACUCGGCGCAGCCACCCGAGCCAGCUACAAACCCUCAUCCAAGCGCGGACCCAGCGGCGGCAGCGGUCUCUUCUACUCCCCAACAGCCGGUGGUGCGGGCGCGGCGGGAGCAGGAUCUCAUCAUAGUCUCAACGCGACGACGAAUAAUCGUGGCUCGACGUACCUGCCUCCAGGAUUCUAUACUGCUGCCGGUAAUAACUCGACGUCGCGGGACUCGAUUGGCGGUGCGCCGAAUACUACGGCAGGAGGAUAUCCGCCCAAUAGUUCGACGCCGUCCUUGCCGCCGACUGGUCCCGGUGCGGGUGCGUACUACGAUGCGCCGCAUAAUGCGCGCCAGUCGUAUGUUGGUGCGUCGACUAGUUCGUUGAAUCUUAGUCAAGCGCCGCAGCAGGGUCGGGCACCGAGUGCGUAUUUGGAAGAUCUUUUUGAGAAUCAUAGCUCGCCCCCUCCGCGCCGAUCUGAUCGGCGUGAGAGGUAG